AUGCUAGACUGUAUCGAGAGGGCGGUCAACUCGGUGUACAGGGCGGCAAGCGGCAGCGGCGGCGGCGGCGGGCGCGACAGCGAAGGCCGGCCUCUGAGCUACAUCCGCAUCGACGGCAAGACGGGGCCGACGAAGCGCUUCGACGCCACCACCCAAUUCCAAGAGGAGGCCGGCUGCAGGGUGGCGAUCCUGCAGACUGUCGCGGCGGGCACGGGGCUGACACUCAAUGCCGCCAGCACCGUCGUCUUUGCGGAGCUGACGUGGGUCCCUGGAGAGAUCCUGCAGGCGGAGGACCGUGCCCACAGGAUCGGGCAGGCACACAGCCACGUCAGCAUUCAGUUCCUGCAGGUGCGCAACAGCGUGGACGAGGUCAUGUGGGACGUGCUGCAGGCCAAGCUCAGCACCACAGGGGAGGUGCUGGACGGCCAGGCAGCAAACUUCCAGAUGGGCGCCGGCUGGGGCAAGGGCCAGGCCGGGGAGGACGGGCAGGGCUGGGGGGCGGCCCUGUGCCAGGAGCAGCAGCUGAGGGGCCACGAGUGGCCUGGCAAUGAAUGGGCUGGUGCGGACGGGCCGAAGGGACAGCUGAUCCGCGGCGGCCAAGCAUCCUCGUCGCCAUUGGAGCCGGCGGCCAAGCGCACCAGGGUCGACCUGGCCAAGUGGGAGGAUGACGACUUCUGA